AUGAGACCUGGACCACGUCAGCAGCACUCCACCAAGCUAGUAGUUUCUGAGAAUUCUCUCAAGGACCAAUCCCUCCAGCCUCCCCUCCUGCCUACCCUCCUGCCUCCCCUCCUGCCUACCCUCCUGCCUCCCAUCCUGCCUAUCCUCCUCUCCUGCCUCCCCUCCUGCCUCCCCUCCUGCCUCCCCUCCUGCCUCCCUCCUGCCUCCCCUCCUGCCUCCCCUCCUGCCCCCCUCCUGCCUCCCCUCCUGCCUCCCCUCCUGCCUCCCCUCCUGCCUCCCCUCCUGCCUCCCCUCCUGCCUCCCCUCCUGCCUCCCUCCUGCCUCCCCUCCUGCCUCCCUCCUGCCUCCCCUCCUGCCUCCCUCCUGCCUCCCCUCCUGCCUCCCCUCCUGCCUCCCCUCCUGCCUCCCCUCCUGCCUCCCCUCCUGCCUCCCCUCCUGCCUCCCUCCUGCCUCCCCUCCUGCCUCCCUCCUGCCUCCUCCUGCCUCCCUCCUGCCUCCCCUCCUGCCUCCCCUCCUGCCUCCCCUCCUUCCUCUCCCCACGUCUUCCCCUCCUACCAGUGUCCGGCACUAGCCGAUUCACAACCACGGAUGAGGGGCACUACCAGUGCCCCUCUCAACGGAGCAAGUGGCCGAUUCUCAAAAGGACGAGACCUGCCUCUCUUCCUGUCUCUUCCCCUCCUGCCCCUCUUCCCCUCCUGCCCCUCUUCCCCUCCUGCCCCUCUUCCCCUCCUGCCCCUCUUCCCCUCCUGCCCCUCUUCCCCUCCUGCCCCUCUUCCCCUCCUGCCCCUCUUCCCCUCCUGCCCCUCUUCCCCUCCUGCCCCUCUUCCCCUCCUGCCCCUCUUCCCCUCCUGCCCCUCUUCCCCUCCUGCCCCUCUUCCCCUCCUGCCCCUCUUCCCCUCCUGCCCCUCUUCCCCUCCUUUCCACCUGCCAGUGACAGGCAGCCGAUUCACAACAACAGACGAGACCUGGUCCACGCUACCACUCCGCCGGUUCACCUACCGCGAGCUACAGCAGGCCACGCAGUGGUUCGGCCCGAGCCAGAUCCUGGGCCGCGGCAGCUUCGGCACGGUGUACCGAGGCUCGGUGGAGGAGUGGCUCGGCGAGGAAGAUGACAGGAAGCACAUGAAUGCGAAGCUGACGGAUUUCGGAAUGGCAACUGCACGGCCCGAGGCGGGCAAGUCGCACGCUCCUUCGCAUUCUGAUAUCUUUCCCUUUCUCUCAUCCUUUCUCCCCACUCCGCAGCACAUGCGUGCAAAGCUGACGGAUUUCGGGAUGGCAACUGCAGGGCCCGAGGCGGGAAAGUCGCACGUGUCUACGCGCAUCAUGGGGACAAUGGGGUACUUGGACCCUGCGUAUAUAGACACAGGCCACCUCACCGCGCGCAGUGACAUCUACUCGCUGGGGGUGGUGCUUUUGGAGCUGGCAACAGGCAGAGGAUCAACUUCGGUUCGGAGAGCCAUUCGUGCUGAGGCCGCUUCGGACGCUCAACAAAACGGAGCAGCGACAGAAAAGGCCGCUGCGCUGAUCCUUAUCCGCCAUGGCGAGUCUCUCUGGAACUCUAAGAACCUAUUCACAGGCUGCGUGGACGUUCCUCUGUCGGAGAAGGGUGUCAAUGAGGCCAUUGAGGCAGGAAAGAGAAUCUCCGAGAUUCCCGUUGAUGUCAUUUUCACCUCCGCGUUGAUCCGCGCUCAAAUGACCGCCAUGCUGGCCAUGACGCAGCAUCGCCGUAACAAGGUUCCUGUCAUCCUGCACGAGGAGAGCCAGAGAGCCAAGGACUGGAGCCGAAUCUUCAGUGAGAACACCGACGAGGAGAUCAUUCCCGUCAUUACUGCGUGGGAGCUGAACGAACGCAUGUACGGAGAACUCCAAGGAUUGAACAAGAAGGAGACGGCAGACAAGUACGGCAUGGAGCAAGUCGUUCUCUGGCGUCGAUCGUACGACGUCCCGCCUCCCAACGGCGAGUCCCUCGCCAUGUGCGCUGAGCGCGCUGUGGCAUACUUCAAGGAAAAUGUGGAGCCGAGACUCACGGCUGGCGAGAAUGUGAUGAUUGCAGCGCAUGGCAACUCGCUUCGUGCCAUCAUCAUGUACCUUGACAGCCUUACGUCGCAGGAGGUGAUUGAGCUGGAGCUCUCUACGGGCGUCCCCAUGCUCUACAUCUUCCAAGGAAGCAAGUUCCUCCGCAGGGGCUCUCCCCUCCGCUCAAACGAUAUCGGCGUCUUUGCACUCACAGAGGAUCUGGCGCAAUAUAGAACCAUGUUGGACACCAUAUCCGAAGGCCGGGGCUGA